GCACCGUCACUUCCUGUCCCCGACGGCGGGCGCAGCCCCACGGAGUGAAGGAGCGGCUGAAGAGAGCUCUUGCCGCAUUCAUGGUCUGCCCGCACAUAGCUUCCACUCCCAGAGCGUGCAAAUCAAGGACGAGUUAUCCACUUGACAAUCCAGUAUAAAAUGGCAGCUAACAAGAAUAAGAAUCAGAGUUCGUUGGCUCUGCAUAAAGUGAUUAUGGUAGGCAGUGGUGGUGUAGGCAAGUCUGCACUAACAUUGCAGUUCAUGUAUGACGAGUUUGUUGAAGACUACGAGCCAACUAAAGCUGACAGUUACAGGAAAAAAGUUGUUCUGGAUGGCGAGGAGGUGCAGAUAGACAUCUUGGAUACUGCUGGGCAGGAGGAUUAUGCAGCCAUUCGGGAUAACUAUUUCCGUAGUGGGGAGGGUUUUCUUUGUGUCUUCUCGAUAACUGAGCAAGAAUCAUUUACUGCCACUGUAGAAUUUAGGGAACAAAUUCUCCGUGUGAAAGCAGAGGAAGAUAAAAUCCCAUUACUUUUAGUGGGUAAUAAGUCCGAUUUGGAAGAUCGGAGGCAAGUCUCUGUUGAAGAAGCAAGGAGCAAAGCAGAUGAGUGGGGAGUUCAAUAUGUUGAGACUUCAGCAAAAACUCGAGCCAAUGUAGAUAAGGUAUUUUUUGAUCUGAUGAGAGAAGUCCGAGCAAAGAAAAUGUCAGAAAACAAAGAUAAAAAUGGAAAGAAGAGCAGCCGAAACAAAAAGAGCCUCAGAGAACGAUGUUGCAUUCUGUGAAUAUUUUUGUGUGGGUGGGUUGAUACUCAGCAAUUUGAACUUGGGCACUUGUAUUCAUUUAGCCACUUGGUUUGUUUAUAAUUGGUCACUGUUUAUUUUAUAGUAAAACAGUGUUAAUUUUGAAUAUUGGGUAAUGCUGGAUACAUUGCCAGUGCAUUGCUCUUUGAACUGUCAAAUAUGCUGUAUCCUUUAGACCUACUCAAGAUUUGUAUUUCUUUGCUGCUUUUUUCUCGGUCAUUUAACUUUAAACAACUGCUCAUAUCAAUUAUAACGUGCUUCCAUCUCCCAUUUGGAUUGAUUGCCUGAUUUAUUUGUCCAUUUGACUGAAUUAUUCAGAGCCACUGUACAAAAUUACUCUGGGAAAUUACAGGGCAGAUUUCAAAUACUUCGGAGUAAUGAGGCAGGUUUAUAAAAAGGCAGCAUAGUGAGCCUGUUGUUCUUUAGUUCAUCAAAGUAUGAUUUAUUUUUAAUGUGAAAACCUUGUGAUUAAAAUGACAUUUGAUAGUAGGGAGAACACUCGUCAUCCCCUUUUAUAUAUUACCAUAUGUGGUCUUGCUAUUUGUCUCAUUCAUUCGAGGGAGAAGGGAAUGAUUAACUCCAACUUGCUUUUAGCUACUGUCGCCCAAUGGUAACGAGUCACAUUUAUGAAAGCAACUACUGUUUUUUGGAACAGUUUUGAAAAAGCAGUUCACCAUGCACAGCUUGAUCAUAUUUGUGCUGUUAAUGCUCAUUUUUUAAAUUGCCACGUUGGAAGUAUUUUCUUGACAAUUUCACCUCUUUCGCCCUAGCUACAAUUAAACAUUUUAUGGCCCAUUUUAGACCUAAUUCUCCACUAACACUUCUCACUAUUGUAACUUGCCUUUCACUAUAAUACGUUGAAUGCACAAUAGCAAAUGCAAUGUCCCUGAAGCCUAUCAUGUUGCGUUCUCUGCAUCCAUAUGGUGAAUUAAAAGUAGGUGGUGAGAGUCCUAGAUAUCAAGGUAGAGGGACAUGUCACUUGAAUAUUCCACACCAGCACAUUAAUCAGGAAGGUAUUAUGUUUCACAUUGUUUGACUUACUUUGGUCAAGUGUCAUGAAAAGUUUGAACUAUUUGUUGGAACUAAUCGUGUCUUAUAACACACGACUAAUACAUGUGAAACACAGCAAUCAUGGCUUAAAUGUAUAUUAUCCUUUAUCUAGAAGAAAACAAUAUCCAGUUCUUUCAAAUGCUUGAACUGCGUCAAGUGGACCAAUAUCUUGCUGUUUUUAACAUUAGUAAAGGAAUGAGAUUGGAUUGUACUAGUGUGUCUGUAAUAUCACGCGACUGACUAUUCUGAAGUUUUAAGAAUGGUUUCUGAAUGGUGGUAAAUUGUUAGUUUGUACAUUAAAACACUACAGCAAUUUAUUUUCUACAUUUGCCUUAACACGAAUUGCAUGCAACUUGAAUUUCACCCUCUUGUGUAUAUAACAUGAUUUUAUUCCAGGAUUUAAUUGCAACUUUUAUGUUGAACGACAGGGGUUGAGGUUCUAUGCUAAUAUUGAACUGUGAUAUUGUAUUUGCCAAAUAGCUACCAGAUUGUUUACACUGUUUAACAAAACUAAUAAUUUCAAGAUUCAUUUUUUUCAAUCUAAAUUUAUCAUCAAUAUUUGAAAUAUUUCAACAUGAAGAUUUACAAAUAAAAGCUAGUAGCAUAACUUGA